UAAUACUUAAUUAGUACUCCCUUUUAUAAUCUCAGAAUCAACCACUACGAAUAUAUUUCCUGCUUAAUUAAUAUGUCUGGUCUAAUUAAAAACUCUCGGGACCAGAUUGAGAUUCCACCCCCUUCCGUACCUGCAACAUUUAGUCACACAUAUAUAAAGAGCCAUACAAUACAAAUCACUUCACAUCUCAAAUUUGACAAGAUUUUAGGUAGAUUCAGAAGGAAGACCAAAUUUGAAAUAAAAGUUGAUAAUAUCUAUCAGCUGGUGCCAUGGCAGAAGAGUUGAUAAGCUGGUGGAAUUCGCCGCGGAAUCUCUUCAGUUCGUCGCCAUGCUCGUUGGCGUCCAACGACAUAGCGAGCUUGGGCUGGCCGACCGAGACCAGAAGUGUACGUUCAAGCCAUGAAUCCGAUGGUUUUCAUCACCACCACCCGCCUCCUCCGCACCCCAAAUUGGAUGGCUUGAAUCAACCUUUGCUCGGAAGAUCAGAGGGCAAUUAUUCUGACUUGCUGCUGGAUUCAAGCAUGAAUUAUCGGGCUCAAUUGAAUUUUAGUGAAGAAGAUUCAUCGAUGAAGCAAAGUUCAGCUUCAUCCUUGUUCGAUACGGAUUCUCAACCCUAUCCAUCUUUAUUACAUCAUCAAAUGAACUCAAACGGAUUCUUGCCUAAACCCUCUCCCUCUCCCUCUCCCUCUCCCGCUGCUGAUAAUCGCUUAUGGAUUAAUCCAUCAGCGUUGAGUAACGUUCGUCCGCCUCACAAUCACAGCAUCACUGCUAAGGAGAAAACGUAUCAUGAACAAGCCACAUUUAAACGUCCACGAAUCGAAACUCCGUCCCCGUUGCCAACCUUCAAGGUCCGAAAAGAAAAACUUGGGGACAGAAUCACCGCCCUACAGCAGUUGGUUUCACCUUUCGGAAAGACUGACACUGCAUCCGUCCUCCACGAAGCUAUCGAGUACAUCAAGUUUCUCCAUGAUCAAGUCAAUUCAUUAAGCACGCCAUACUUGAAAUAUGGAUCUCCACCGGUGCAGGCAGGAGAGAAAAGCAAGGAUGAAGAAGGGGUAACAAAGGACCUCAAAACUCGAGGACUGUGCGUCGUCCCUAUAUCGAGCACCUUCCCCGUUGCAGCCGAGACCACCUCAGAUUUCUGGACACCUACAUACGCCGCAAGCUUCAGAUAGAUAUCGUGCAAUUUACACACACACACAACAAAAAAAAGAAACAAUAAUGUAAGAUAUGGAUGCGACAAGAAUGGAGGGCCUGUUAUACAUGUAUUGAAGAAAAGCAAGAAAAAGGGAAAGUGAAAAAAAACGAAGUGAUUGUUGAAGGAAGACAGCGCAUGCUGGGCCACACUUGGAAAAAAAGAAGACAUCAAAUAUGAAAGCAUAGUAGAACUAAUUGAUGUAGCAUUUCAUAAAAUUGUAAUCAUCAAGAGGAUGUUAAGGAAAAGGGACUGGAACUGAUGCUAAAUUUAGCUUUUACUCUACUUUAUUAGUGUUUUAGGAGAUGUGCAUUAUCGGUUUGAGCUGUAUUUAGCAGCUUAAUUAAUUGUUAAUCAAGCGGUUCUCAUUUU